CAUUCAACUCCUCAUUCAACUCCUCAUUCAACUCCUCAUUCAACUCCAACAUGGUCAAUUUGGCAAUUGCCUUCCCUCUUGUGCUCCUCGCAUUGGCGGCGGUUGCAAUCUAUGUACAGGUUACCUCGAGCAACCUGUCUUUACCCAUAUCGACCGGCACUACCGUCCUCACAAUUAUUUUACCCUUUAUAGCAGCCGCAAACAUCUUCUAUACGCCGCUACUUGGCCAACUGUUUCGGCAGAGGGUUACAUCAUCGCCCACGCUGUUACGGUUCUUGCCUGUAGUGCCUCCGGUUUUGCAGGCCAUACUGACAGUGGUUCUGGCCACCCUCGCAGCCGAGGGUUUCUCGUCGGGCCAGGUGAUCGACUGUGGUCUAGAGGGGAAUUGGCAACGUCUAUGGAGUGCACGUGAUGACAGGGCUAUUCAACGUAUACAGGAUACUUUCAAUUGCUGUGGUCUCCGCUCUGUAGUGGAUCGUGACUCUCCCCGCGGCCGUUGUGAGGAGCUACACGAUGAUAGAAGCAACUCCUGCCUCGUCCCCUGGCGCGCUACGAUGCAGCGCAGUGCCGGGCUCGAGUUCGGCGUGGCGGUAGCCAUCGGCAUUGUCCAGCUAAUCCAUCUCGUGCUCUUUGGACUACGUAACUCGGGAAGUAACAGCAGAGCUCGCUAUAUACGCUUUACUGGCCCUGAUAGUCACGAAGGCUUGUUGGAGAAUGGGACGGCAGAUGAAGAGGAUGGAGGUCAGGUUGAGGGUAACGGCGAGAAUGGUGGCAACCGUUCUAACUAUGGCACCGCCGGAGACGAGCCUAACCAUAGGCUCGAGCCAUCUGGCCUUGGCGAAGAACGAAACAACUGGAGAUGAUUGUCCUUGUUGACCAUCUUAGUCAGAGGAUGAUUAGUUCUAGUGUAGACCUGGUCGGAGGACUGAGAACACUAAUGUCAACUGGACAAGUUCGUAAAAUGAGGGAACAACUAAUAUUUAUGGAUGUAAUGCUUAAAAGGCCUAGUUCUACAUCGCUAUACCUUUGAGAGAGUAGUAGAUUAUGAUAUGAAGGGUAGGUGAUAGAUUGGUACAAUUACAAGAGACUUAUUUUUA